AGGGGAGGGCGCAGAGGGCCAGGAGCGCGAGGCUAAAGAGGCUGGGCGAGGAGGGGCUUUCUAGGAGUGCCUGGGCCCCUGGUCCCCCGCUCAGCUCCUGCGCGCGCGGUCCCCUCGCGACCCCGCCCCGGCCCCGCACUUGCCACCAAGUCCCCGCCGCCCACGCGCCCGUGCAGCCGCCAGCCCCGCCAUGCCCGCCGACCUCAGCGGCACCUGGAACCUGGUCAGCAGCGACAACUUCGAGGGCUACAUGCUGGCCCUAGGUAUUGACUUUGCCACUCGUAAGAUAGCCAAGCUGCUGAAGCCACAGAAAGUGAUUGAGCAAAAUGGGGAUUCUUUUACCAUCCACACCAACAGCAGCCUAAGGAACUACCUCAUUAAAUUUAAAGUUGGAGAAGAAUUCGAUGAGGAUAACAAAGGCCUGGAUAACAGAAAAUGCAAGAGCUUGGUCACCUGGGACAACGACAGACUCACCUGUGUGCAGAAGGGGGAAAAGAAGAACAGAGGCUGGACCCACUGGAUUGAAGGGGAUGAACUCCAUCUGGAGAUGUUCUGUGAAGGCCAAGUGUGCAAACAGACAUUCCAGAGAGCUUGAUCUAUAGCCAACCGCAGGGUCCACGUGUGGCUACAGUUUAAUUUGGAGUUAUAUUCCAAAUGAACAGAUGCGGAUUCGUCCUGGUUUGCUGAUGGGGCUUUGUGGUCAGAGAGAUGUCACACAGGCUGCACUGGAAGCCAUUUGAAUUGUGAGAAAGCUUAGCUUCAACAAACCUGUCCAGGGAGUUCCCGGGUGGCCUAGUGGUUAGGAUUUGGCACUUUCAGU